CCCAGCAUCAUCGAAGCGAGUGUGUGAUUUUACGGAACAGUUUUCUGUAUUUUAGCGAAAAGGCAACGGGCUUUCAGCGACAAAAUGGAUAUACGACCCAACCACACGAUCUACAUCAACAAUCUAAACGAGAAGAUCAAAAAAGAGGAACUGAAAAAGUCCCUUUACGCCAUCUUCUCGCAGUUCGGCCAGAUACUGGAUAUCGUGGCGUACAAAACGCUACGGAUGCGCGGUCAGGCGUUCAUCAUCUUCAAGGAGAUUGGCAGUGCAACGAAUGCGAUGCGAACGAUGCAGGGCUUCCCGUUCUACGACAAACCCAUGCGGAUCAACUACUCCAAGGUGGACAGCGAUAUGAUCGCGAAGCUGAAGGGUACCUUCCAGGAGCGGCCGAAGCGGGUGAAGCAGCCGAAACCGGUCCAGUCGGAGGAGAAGAAGGCGAAGAAGCAGAAGAAUACCGGUGAAGUGGGCACCACGAACAACUCGGCCACGGCCGAGCAGCCGCCGAACCAGAUUCUGUUCCUCACCAACCUGCCGGAAGAAACGAACGAGAUGAUGCUGUCGAUGCUGUUCAACCAGUUCCCGGGCUUCAAGGAAGUGCGGUUGGUGCCGAACCGGCACGACAUUGCGUUCGUCGAGUUUGCCACCGAACUGCAGAGCGGGGCCGCCCGGGAAGCCCUGCAGGGCUUCAAGAUUACCCCGACGCACGCGAUGAAGAUUUCGUUUGCGAAAAAGUAAACGGCCGUUCGUCCGUGCGCUUGGAAGGUAAAUUUUAUAUAAUCGGUACAAAUCGAGCUGAAACAAUAAACCAUGCAUUAAGCAUUGCAC